AGUGCCUUUAUAAACAAAAUGUGGCCAACAGGUGUCCGUCGCUAUUUCAAACAGGAGUUUUUAUUAUUUGUGUUGGUUAUGGGCUUCCGUUCUUGUUAUGGACAGACAGGCAAUGGAGGUCUUGCUGAUGAAGAAUUGGACGCGGUUUUGGAGUACGUAAAGUCGCAUGAAACAUUCAUUCCUAGUGCUACAACUGAUCCAUCACUGGGUCAGAUAGUAGGCUACAGAUUUCAACUGGAUGCGGACGGUGAAGUGGUAUUCAAUGAGGUCUUUCGCGGAGUACUUGAUUUCAGAUCAGUAAGCGAUGGGCACACUAAUAUUACUGAGGUGCAAGCAACGGAGUUACUGAAGGAAAAUUUAAAGCAAGUAAUUCGAAGCCUAGAUGGAGAGGUACCCUCUUUUUUAACGUAUGAAUUCAACGUUAAAAAGGGUUUGAUAGAUGCCGAGUUUUCGAGGUUGUUAUCAUCGACAGCAAAGGCGUUUCUUAUUGAAGAGAACACACAGUGGCAAAGAAUUUGCUUCGAUAUACGUAGUCAGUUAGAAGUUGACGAUAACCGAAGUUUUGAGGAUUGUCGAUGCAUUUGUCCGGUCCCUUCUCCUAUUCAGGGCAUUUUAUCAAGUUAUGAUGCCUGCUUGAACCGUUUAUUCUUUCCAUAUGGUCUUAACUUUAGCGAUGCAAUUGUACCAUUUAUUGAUGAUGGUUCUUCUGGUGUCGUUGACCUGGCAAUUUUUUUCCCUUACUAUGAUGCACUUCACGAGUCUCUUUUUGUGAACACUAAUGGUGCAAUAUCUUUCGAUGUGGUCGUGAGUCAGUUCACGCCUGACGCCUUCCCUUUAAGUCAAAAUUGGCCAAUGAUUGCCCCGUUUUGGGCAGAUGUCGAUACCAACAAUGGAGGAACUGUUUACUAUAGAGAAAUGACCAGACAAGUUGAUGUAAAAUUAGCCGAAUAUGUUGACGAAAUUGUUCGAAAUCACGAAAUAACUCAACCAAAUUUCGAACUGAUUUGGUUGUUUGUUGCAACAUGGGAUCAAGUGGCGUUUUUCGGAUACUCUGGCCAACCACCAAUGAUUAAUAACACAUUCCAAGCGUUGCUGGUGACAGAUGGAAUCUCCUCGUUCACUAUUUUUAACUACGGUGACAUACAGUGGACAACUGGAACGCAUAGGGGAAGUGGGGGUGAUGCAAAUGGUCUUGGUGGAAUACCAGCUCAGGCCGGAUGCAACGCCGGGGAUGGCGUGCGACAUCACAACAUACCAGCUUCACGAACAGCGGCCAUUGUGAAUAUAGAGGAGUACGGUAAUCCACCAGGCCGAUACGUAUUUAAUGUUGGUGGAGAAAGUGUGACUGGUGAAGACUGUCAAACAUACCAAGGCCAAGGACAUAGACCUACAACCGGUUCGCUAUUACUUUAUCCGGCUUUUGGAUCAAUGUUGGGUGGAAAUAAAACCAGCAUUCAAGGACCAUGUUUCCAGAACACCGACAAUGUCAUGUGCAGAUUCAUUGACAAAGACAAGGGACCGACGACACCAUGUCAAUUUUUGGAUAGGCGCACAGUGUCUUGCGUUGUGCCUAUCCUACUCCGUAUUGGCAGAGUCUAUGUGUUUCUUUCAAUUGAUGGCGGUGCAACAUUUGGCUUUCGGGGAAUAUACACCUCUGUAAGUGUUGAGGACGUCAAUGAUGAUGUAGCACCAAAGGUUCAACUGUAUACGGACGGCACAUAUCCUAAGGUUGUGUGGCCGAAUGAUGCUUUGGCCGGAUCGUACUACGAUAUAGAUGUUUAUGUAUACUUUGAUGGAUCCGAUUCUACAGAGCUAGAAAAUGAUAGAAUUAAUGUGGCGAAUGAUAUUGUCCUUCAAUCUAGUGGGGACCUGCAGUUUAAAAUCAUUCUAAAGCUCUCAACAACCAAACAUGUAGGAAUUAUACGGAUAUCACAAGGAGAUGAAGAAGGGGAACAGAACAGUUUGCUACCUACGCUCGUAAUGGACCAUUCUCAGAGGUCAAACUUUACAACUGACCAAUCAGAGCAAGGCCACAAAUACGCACAUGUCCUACAAACACGUGUUGUCCCACAAACCCACACAGCAUUUGACUUGCGUAUUUUUAAUGAUUUGAAUGUGCCGAAAUGGUGCUCCUCCUGGGGCAAUCUUGAGUCGCAGAAUCCAAUACAACUUGCUUCAUCAGAUGGUGAACUUCGAUGUCCAUGCAACUUACAGAGUGCGUUGGUGGAUAGGGGGCGUUUCUCACCGAGUCCGCGAUGUUCAAACACGGUCUACGAAUCAUGCGCAGAUGACGACAACAUCGUCCACUGCGUUCGCAGCAGUACGCCAAGUUCUGAAGGUCAUGGCCUAGAAUGCUGUUACGACACCAAUGGAGACCUCACCAACCUUCAAGAUAACUUACACGCUGGAUAUGCGCACCGGUACCAUCACCUUGGCCAGAAACCAUUUAACGAAAACGGUAAUGUUCCUUACUUGUCCCAUUUUUUGCACGACAUAUUACCGUACCGACGAUGCUGCAGGGACCGUACGUCUUGUUUAGCUGAUUUUAUUCCAGUUCGACCGUCGCAUGACUGCUCUGGAUACCAGCCUCCUAGGCCAGCUAGAAUGAAUGGUGAUCCCCACAUACAAACUCUUGAUGGACUUCCGUACACCUUUAAUGGUCAUGGCGAGUACGUCCUAAUGAAUUCACUAGAUGGAAUGUUUAUGAUGCAAGGACGAACAGAACCCCUACAGGUUGCAGGUGAUGUGACGAAUGCUACUCGGUUUACUGCGAUCGCAGCUCAGUACAACAACGGGACCAACGUACAUGUGAGCUUGAAUGAAAUACGUGGUCUAGCGGUACAUGUGACCGACAGUGACAGCCAGUGGUCCCAAAUUAGAUUUGAUUUAACACCGAUUUGGUAUGACGCAGGUAUUACUAUAUUCUAUAGUAAGAAAACUAAUGUGACGAGCGUGUCGGUUACAGUCGCGUUUGACUUCGGACUAGUUUUCACUGUUGAAGCUGCCAAUGACAUCAUGUCCAUCGUGGCUGUUGGUCCAGAAAUAAUGAGAGGAAAUACAAGUGGGCUCCUUGGUAAUUGGAAUGAUGACGUCACCGAUGAUCUUCAGACACCAAAUGGUGACUAUCUUACGUCAAACUCAAGCAUUCGUGAUAUUCACUACAAUUUCGGCGAGAAAUGUAAAAUAUUCUACUUUGUUUGUAACAUUGCAAUUACAUUCAGCAACGUAUGCCGUAAUUUUACUGCUAGUUUCACAUAA